AAAGGUGUCCUAGUAUACAUAUACAUGGGUAUGCUAGCUGUGUUCUGUACUAACGCUAUGAACAUACUGGCUGGUGUCAAUGGAGUCGAAACAGGUCAAUCUGUCAUCAUUGGGACCUCCAUAGCUGUAUUCAACGUCAUUGAAAUAGCCAGAGAUCAGUUUGCUGCUAAGCAUCUCUUUUCUUUGUAUCUCAUAUUACCAUUCAUUGCUGUAUCUCUCGCUCUACUCAGACAUAACUGGUAUCCUUCAAAAGUUUUUGUCGGCGAUACUUUGUGUUAUUUUGCUGGCAUGACUUUUGCUGUGGUAGCCAUUUUGGGAUCUUUUAGCAAGACAAUGCUUUUGUUUUUUAUACCCCAGGUUUUCAAUUUCCUUUAUUCUGUUCCCCAGCUGUUUGGCAUAAUACCCUGUCCAAGACACCGACUGCCAAAGUUUGAUAGAGCUACUGGACUCUUAGGAAUGAGCUAUGCUAAGUUCUCUCCCGACCAGAUGGGUCCUGGUGGAGCCGCUCUUUUAAAAACCCUCUCCUUCUUACGAUUAGCCAAAGUCGAGUGGUCCCCGCCCUCAGGGAAAGAAAAGAAGGCGGAGAUUAGCGUCAAUAAUUUGACUAUUAUUAAUUAUUUGCUUAAAUUUAUUGGCCCCACCCACGAGAGGACCCUCACCAUAUACAUAAUGACAGUACAGGUGGUAGGUACUAUUAUUGCUUUUAGUAUAAGAUAUGGGUUUGUGAGGUUUUUCUAUGACGUGGUACAAUAACAAUGAUUGUUUUUUCUCUUCUUAUAAAAUGAUACACUUACAUUUAAUCCUGUAAAA